CUUGGCGGGAUCUGUUGUUUUGAACCGUCAACGUCGUUUCUUGGUGCUGUGACAUAGAAAUCUCCCUGUAAAUCAGCAAUAUUCUUGCCAAAUUUUGGGCACGAUACAUUUCUCACCUAGUGGCCCAUUAGUGUAACUGAACACAAAAACAAACAACGUACAGUAAGUUUAUUUUUAUCAAAUUUUGCAGAUCAUUUGCACUUUUGUGAUAGUUGUUUUUGUGUUUUUGUCUUCAGUCUAAUGAAUAUAAUAAUUUUAUUCUCUUCAAUAUUACGCCGCACUUUUAUCUAAAGAAUCAUGGAGGAAACUAUCAGAGAAGAACUGAUUCAGUUUUUAAAGCAGAAAGUACCAGCUGAAACCUUAAGGUAUAAUACAGUGAGUUGUGGUAUACAUACGAUUUAAUAUUUAUGCCAGAUAAGUCUUAAGUAAAUGAACUCUUCACUGUUUGACAUGACCUGAAUCCCAAAUCUUAAGGCAGACUUGAAGUUGUGGUGCAGAUAUGCAUAAGCUUCAAAAGUUUCAGUUUCCUCGCCUAUCUAAGAAGCCACUUUAUUCUGAAUUCUGUCAAUAUUAUGAAUUGGUUCGUGCAACAAUUUUUGCUGAUUAAGAUAUGAAGCAUUCUGGAAAAUUUUAGACACAAGCAAGAGCAAUAAUUUUACCUUCAUGAGUGCUUCAAAAACUUUCCAAGUGCCUCAUAUCUUAAUCAAUGCAGAGCUGACGCAUGAACCAACUGCUUAAGAACAUUGUUAUCACAGUAUUUUAUUAAAUGACAUGCAAAGCAAAAUUCCCUCUAGGGACCAUGCAAAGGGAGAGGUGGGGGACGGCUUUAUCCUCCCUUCCCACUGUUUUGCUCUGCUAUGUAUGCCCCCUCUCCUUGUUGGUUGAAGCUAAGAUAUUGGUCUCCAGCCCUCCCCUUCCCCAUCCAAAAAUUUGCUCUACAGGCCCAGUAAAUUUAUAUGCACAUGUUAUCAAAAUGCACAAUGGGAAUAUGAAGUAUGCUUGGGGAAUUGAAUUUGUUUAUGUAUGCAUGUGUGAUUUUCUCUCUCUCAGUAUGCCUCUCGUUUGUUGUCUUUUCUAAAUUUUCUUUUUGUUUUUACUAGUUCUGUAGAUGACAUUGUUCUUGGUUAUAUUGUUAAUGUCUUGGAACAACUUGGUGAAGAUGAUGAGUUUGAUGUGGAUGACUUCUCUGAAAUAAUGACUGCUUAUAUCCCAGAGUUUGAUGAAGUCAAUAGGUGCCUAGUUGUUAUCUUGACUCGCAAGUACUGAAAUUAGAACCUGUUUGACCAAUUUUUUCUGGUUAAUUUUAAAUGUUACUCUUUGAAUUAGUUACAAAUCUUAGUAACAGAUGAGAUAACCUUGCUCAUCUAGCAGUUUGUUUGGUUGGUUAUCUCUCAGAUUAAAUUUAGUGCUAGAUACAGGAUCAGCAGACCUUUAUGGUGGUUGUGACUGGAUACAUGUUCAUUUCAUUAUGUCUUGAGACAUCCUUUUGUCAAAUAUAUCCAUUUAACCUAAAAAAGGUUUUAUUGAGAAUUAGGAUGACAACUGAUAGGAAAUUAAGUGUAGGAUUCUCUAAGACAAUGGACUUUAACUUUCUGUCAGUUGUCAGCAAAUUGAAAACAGAAAACAUGCUGGUAGAUGAUUUAUUGAUAAGCUUUUAAUCCUAUGCAUGUAGGGAUGCUGUUCAAAGUUGGAUGCUUGACUUAGCAGACAAGCUAGUCAAGAGUAGAACUGCAAGGAAUACAUGUAGUUUCUCAGGUAAAUCAAGGUCUUUUAACACUAGAUUGACUGUGUACCUGUGUUUUGAGUCAAGGCCUCUGACCACUAAAUCCUUAGCAUUCAACUUUUGGUGAUACGGGUUAGGGCAUGGGUAAUACAUGGUUUAAUUUUGCUGAAAGCAACUGCUUUUGUUGAUAUUUAUGUGUGAUUGCAAAGGCUGAGUUGAAAACCACACUGUGCCUUGCUAAUGUUUGAACAUGGUAAGAGUGAAUUUAUACAAAAAAGGUUAGUCCCUGAAGGUCAACUAAGCACAGCUUUGGUUGUUGUGUGACAAACUCUUUUCAACCUUCUUUAAGAUGCUUACACUGUGAUGAGAGAAGACAAAUGCAGCAGAUCAGUGGCCAGUUUAGAGCCAAAGAGUGUUCAAAGUGGUGAUAUUGCUAAAGAUCAUCAAAUAAUAACUUCACUUAGACAGUUUAGUUCCUGUGAACAGGGUACGAACAGUUUUGCGCUUGAGACAGGCAAGCUCUCACCCUUGUCAAAGAGUAAUUGCAAUCAGGACACCAAAGCUGAGCACUAUAUCGAACUCAAAGAAAGUGUAGGCAAUGCAAGGUAAAUAAAAUUUUCUGAUAAAAUUGUUUUAUUAGAUUCCUGUAAUUUUACACCAUGUAGCAAAUACAUGUAUUGUGACCUAAUUACUAUGACACAGGUUAAAUUCUCCUGAUGAAAUUUUACAUACAAUGCUUUCUAGUUGUUUUCAUGUAGAAAAUAACUUGAUACAGUCAAGUAACUCACUUAAUUUCAUCUUAUUUGAAAAACCCAAAGGGGAAUGUAUCUGAGAUGUUACUGUACAGGCUAAAAGGCAGAACUGGAUUGAAAUUUAAAAGGAGUCCUGGUUACAUUCUUUGUUGCUUAAUGGUUGCUAAAAAAAUUCAGAACUCAGAGACUUGCAGGACUCAUACUGUUGCAAAAUUGGAUUUAAAAUAACAGUCAUUUUCAUAUUUCUGUACUUGAGUUCUAGAUGAGGGUAAGCUUUCAGGGUAUAUAAUCAGCCUUUAUCACAAAGGUAAAUCUUACUCUGAUUAACAGCUUCAGGGAAGAAAUUUUGAUGCUAACAGAGGUUUUUCCAGAGGCGUGCUCUUUAGAAAUACAAAACUGUCUGAUGGUGGCAAAUGGUGAUGUUGAGUCCGCUGUCCAACUGAUGUUAGUAAAGAAAGAAAACAUUGAUGAAGAAUGGAAGGAGAACGUUCAUCAAACUGUAGACCAUGUUUCUCCAAAGGUGACCUUUUUGUUUGUCGGUUUCUCUAAUUUGAUUUUACAGGUCACAAAUGAGUCAGCACUCAAUACAGAAUAUGAAUAUUUUAUAUGCAUUGCAAUGGAAAUGGCUCCCAAAGAAAGUAGUUUAUAGUUUUGAUUCUCUCUAGUUUGUUACUUCUUACUCCAGUGGUUCAGCAAAUUUAUCAGUUACAGGUAGAUAGAUUCAAUCUUGAUCUUUAUGAGAAUUUCAUCAUUAGGUGACUGUACAACAUACUUGUAAAUGUACUGAGAAGAAAUCUGACAAACCAAUUUUGCUUUACUAGAGUAGCAAAGAAUAUCUCUUCUUUUUGCUGAGAUACAUGUAACUAGUAAAUGUAAGCUCAGUACGAUAGAGAACCCUACAUGCCAAACCUCAUUCCAGCUGGUGCACAGUAAACAGGGGUACUGCUACCUCAUCUAUGAAACACUAGUCCAUCCAAGAUCUCCUCACAGCAUUUUGCUGGGACGGCCUGAUAGCUUGUCAUUACUGCUGAGUAACAUUUCUCUUUUUGCUCAAGGAUGUCACACAAUGUUCCUCACUCUUUUGAUUAAAAGUGAAUGUCACUUUUUAAAAUACCAAACUAGUAAACUACUCUGUUGCCUAGCGUUGUACUUUUACAAAUACAAGAAUGUUGAAAACAUUCCACAUACACGUACAGUAUAUAUCAUAAACAUGUAAAAUUCAUGUGGUUAUGGAUUUGACUAACUGUUAAAGUGUCCAGUCAUUUAUAAAUAAGGUUCACAUGCAACAUACUCUUGUGGUGUGAUGAACCAUAGUCUUCCUUAUGCAAAAGAACUAAAUGAAUAUACCAUGAACAGAUGAAAAAUUUGAUGCAGUUUACCUUUUGUAGACACAUCUUCCAACUGCAAAGAAGGAACAACUACAUCAGGAUGAACAGCAUGGUCUUAAGGAACAAAUUAUGGCAAAGUAUGUUCAGAUUUUUCAGAUGGCUUCCCCACCACCCCCCUCCCACUCCCCUCUGUUCAAUUCUUGUUAGAAUUUACUUGUAAAUGGAGUGUUGCUUUUGCAUUUAUGUUUCCUUUUUGGAUAAGGCAAGGCUCAUGUGGGGAUGACAAGGAUUGAGAGCUGUUUUAAAACUUCAUGAGGCUAAUACCAUUCUCUGAUCAUUGAACCCUCCCCAAGAUGCACCAUAUAAGUGCAUUAUUUUUAAUGAUUCAAUUUUAAAAAUCCGGAUUAUUCACUACUGUUGUAAUUAAAACUUUUAGUUUCAAUUAGUUUAGAGCUUUUCUUUGUUUUUAUGCAGAUAUGGGUAUGUUGAAGUUAGCCAAGAUGAGAAAACAUAUCAACCGAUACUUCACAAACAGGUACAACAAGACUCUUUGAAACCCAGACAACAUUAUUUGAUGUAAUAAUUCGGAGCCUGAAGUCCACUGACAUCGAAGUUGUGCAUCAAUCACAGCCUUCUAAACCAACCAAUCACAAGGGUAAACGGAGUAAGGGACUGGUCAUUAUUUAUGUAGAAGGAGGAAGGGAGGGAGGGAAAAAUCUGUUGGACAGAUCAAAAUUUUCAUAAGUCCCCCUCCCUCUUGGCCAUGUAAGUAGCAAAUUACCCCCUUCUUUAUUCAAAAUUAACGUGAUGACCCCUGCCCCUGCCCCUGCCCCUGCCCCUGCCCCCACCCCUCCCCUCCCUCACCUCACAUCUCCUCUUAUAUACGUAGUUUAAUUAAAAUUCAUGUCACAUUCAACCACCAGAUGGUUACUUUGCAUGAAACCCACCUUCAGCUUGGGCAAUGGACCACUCUUAAAAUGUACCUCAAACUGCUGACCCUCCCUAAUCUUCUUUAUAAAAAGUUUACCCCCCUUUUAGCCAAUCUGAAAAAGCCUUGACCCCUCCCCCCUUCUUUUCCUUUCCCCCUUCUCCCUUCUUUCCUUCCCCCUCCCCCCUUCUUUUCCUUUUCCCUCUUCAUAAUGAAUGAGCGGUUUCUGAGUUUCACGAGAAAUUGUGGUGCUGAGAGCGAAUGACGAAUGACUAAAGCCAGCUUUACAUUAUCAUUACAAUUGAUAAAACCAAAUUAUCCAAUCAUACGUCAGUAUUCUCCUUGAUAUGGUGGUGCAUAAAUCGCAUUUGGAAGAAAUGAAAAUGAAAAUAAAAAAUAACAUUUCGAGUGAAAGACUCACCCAGUAGACUUCCCUAUCACCAAGCCUGUUAAGCUUCGUUUGUGUCUUAUAAAUUACCAAGAAAAACCGUGCCUCGAUAAAAGAUCAAUCACGAAAUGAAAACACAUCUAAGGUACUCAAAUAGAUUUAGAGCCAGAUGUAUAUAAUAAUUAAGACAGACAUGUACACGUCAUUGGGGGUAAAAUUAAUAUUUCGUGCAAACGGGUGAGAAGAAUGGUGCCCUUUUUUUCUCUCUAGUUUCAGUCUGUCUUAAUCACAGGUCAAAACUAAUCAAUCGCUUUUGUUCUUUAAAUUCAACGAAGUUCGACGGGUGAAAACAAAACGGGACUUUUGAGUGAGUGAAUAUACACUUACUAUGUUUUUUUCUGUCCAAAAGAAAUCGUUUAGGUUAAUGAAAACCUCGAUUUUCGAUUAAAGAAAGGUUUAAACUUCCGUCACGAGGUUAAGACAAAUAAAAAUAGUAAUCUACGAUUCACAGAAACCUCGUUAGCGAGCCAGGACAUGGAGGCGUUAGUGUAGACUAGUCGUCAAUGAGUUAGAAAAUCUGAUAUCUCUAGGAAGAUUAAACGGAUAACCUUUAAUUUUUUGUAGCGAUGUUGACGUGUCUAGGUAACAAAGGGCCAUUGAAUCACAUCGAUAGCUUUUUCAGCCUUUUCUUUUUUGCCGUUAUUGUGACAGGAUGAAAAGAAACUGGUUCGAUAUCGAGACAAUCAAGUCGUUAGCACAAAGGGUGAACGAUUUUCUUUGGUGAAGCAAGAGGAGUCUGAGGAAAUGAAGAAGACAUAUGUGAACAUCAAACCGGCACGGAAAUAUCGAUUCCACUGA